UGCAGCAGAGGAGCUGGAAAAUCAGGAUAAUAGGCUCUGUGCAGAUUUAAUCUCACCGGCAGAAUUGGCACCCGCCAAUUGCACUGCCGUACGACAUUGUACCGACCCAAUCCAUCACAUCACUUACUCUACACGAGACCACAAGCCUUACCCGUCGUCGCCCUGGUUAAGUGUCGCACGCACCACGGUCAAGAUGCCCUCCUCUUUAUCUAAGCGGGCCCCCGGGUCGAGCAGUGGUGGUCGUGGUGGUCGUCAUCCUCCUCAGCAGUCCGGUGCCUCUGUCGUCGUCAAGACCUCUUACAGUGUCUCGAAUCUGCACUGUCCCACUUGCGUCACAGCCAUCAGACAUGAACUGAUGGAGGCCUUUGGCGACAAGGUCCUAUGGGUCUCGCCAAACAUCGUCACUUCAGUCGUCACCGUGGAACAUGAUUCAUCCGUCAAGAUCAAGAAGAUGGCUGAUGUCUUGACCGACGCCGGCUACGAGGUUUCUGGCGUCUCUACCUCUGCUGAUGAUUCAGAAGAUGCCUCGUCUCAGAUCAACAACGCCACAGCCGCAUCCCUACACGAUGGACAAGCCACAGAGACCCGUCCUGCACCCUACAAGACACUCUCUACAUGGUUGUCAGGGGAUCACUCCCAGUCGGAAGCCGCCCGUGUUCAUCUCUUAAACUGUGAGCAGUGCCGCAAUUCCCAAGGCACAUCUACAAAGCCAUGUCACGACCAACCACAUGGUGGUGCCGCUUCGCCACCAGCUUCGUCGUCUUCAGCCGGUGCCCAGCACCCGGAGGGAGCAGCCGCACAGAAACCCAACGACAUGUCUCUUGUCACGGUGGAUUCGGACGACAGUAGCUCAGCUGACAAGCAGUUAUGGCGGGCGAGCCUGGCCGUGGGUGGCAUGACAUGCGCUGCCUGUAUCAACAACAUCAAAGGCACACUCGACGAGUUAGAUUGGGUGACAGAAUCCGCAGUCAAUCUCCUGUCCAACAGUGCGACCGUUGAGUUCUACGGCAAGGGACAUGCCGACGAUAUAGUGGAGGCCAUUGAGGACAGCGGCUACGAAGCACACCUGGACAGCGUCGAGCCAGUCGAGAGCGAGCAGGCUGAGACUCAGGAGAGGACCGUCGAGAUCCUGCUGGGUGGCAUCUAUUGCUCACACUGCCCUGGCCGGGUGAUCAGCAGUCUCGCUGGUUUCAGGCGACAGAUCGACAUCAUCACCGAGCCCACCCAAGCAAAGCCAAUCAUGAAGAUUGCUUACGUGCCCGAGGCUCCCAACUUUACCAUCCGACACAUACUGGCAGCUGUGGAGGCCGGCGACCCAGCCCUGCAGGUCUCCAUCUACCAUCCGCCCAGCCUGGAGGAGCGAUCCAAGAUGGCACAGCACCAGCACCAGCGUCGGCUGCUCUACCGGGCCAUAUUCACAUUCAUCGUAGCCAUACCAACAUUCAUCCUCGGCGUUGUCUACAUGUCCCUCAUCCCAGACCCCAAUACCUCCAAGGACUUCCUGACGAGACCAUGGGUCUCGGGCAUCAGCCGCGCCCAGAUCGCCAUGUUCAUACUGGCGACCCCUGUCUAUUUCUUCGCGGCCGAUGUGUUCCACACCCGAGCGCUCAAAGAGAUUAAGACCCUCUGGAGAAGAGGGAGUCAGAUGCCCAUCCUGCGACGAUUUUAUCGAUUUGGCAGCAUGAACACCCUGAUGUCCCUGGGCACGACAAUCGCAUAUGUAUCUUCGGUAGCACAGCUCAUUGCAGCCGGCGUCAACAAGCCUGAUCAUGUGAACGACCAGGAAUUUUAUUUUGACUCGGUAGUGUUCUUGACCCUCUUCCUGCUCGUCGGAAGAUGGAUCGAGGCGUACAGCAAGUCCAAGACCGGAGACGCGGUCACAGCUCUUGGCAAGCUGCGUCCCACAGAAGCCGUGCUUGUCGAGCGCAAGGACGAAGGCAAGACGGAGGACAAGGUCGUCAAGGCCGACUUGCUCGAUUUCGGUGACACAGUCCGCAUACGGCACGGCGCAUCACCGCCAGCGGAUGGUAUCGUCGUCGAGGGUGAGACCAGUUUUGAUGAGUCCAGCCUCACCGGGGAGGCUCGACUUAUCAAGAAAGGUCCCGAGGAUGCUGUUUAUGCUGGUACCGUCAACAAGGACAAACCAGUCGUCAUCCGGAUCACUGGCGUGGCCGGCACUUCGAUGCUCGACCAGAUCGUCAAGGUUGUCCGGGAAGGUCAGACCAAGCGUGCCCCCAUGGAGCAGAUCGCAGACGUCCUGACCACUUAUUUCGUCCCUGUGGUGACCCUGAUCGCCAUUGUCACUUGGCUCAUCUGGAUGAUUCUCGGGCUCAGCGGCGUAAUCCCUAACGACUAUCUGGACGUCACCUCGGGCGGCUGGGUCGCCUUCUCCCUGCAAUUUGCUAUUGCCGUCUUUGUGGUUGCCUGCCCCUGCGGUCUGGGUCUUGCCGCACCAACGGCCAUCUUCGUCGGCGGCGGACUCGCUGCUAAGCAUGGGAUCCUCGCCAAGGGAGGAGGUGAGGCCUUUGAGAAGGCGAGCCGGAUCGACUGUGUUGUUUUCGACAAGACAGGUACCCUCACUGAGGGCGGCCUGCCGAGCAUCACAGACUCGACCAUCUUUCCUGAUCCCGGCGCGUUCUCCAAAGAGCAGACGUCAACCAUGCUGGCCGCCCUGAAGGCUGUUGAAGAGAGCAGCAGCCAUCCCAUUGCAAAGGCCAUCGUGUCGUUCUGUGCUGAGAGGGAGCUUGACCCCAACGUAGACACCACAGAUGUGCAGGAGGAACCUGGCAAGGGUUUGAAGGCAACUUUCUCGAGUGGAGAGACUCAUGAGAUGCUGGUCGGCAACGAAGCCAUGAUGAAGGACCACGGGGUCGAGCUCUCAGAAAAGGUCGUGUCCAUGACUGACACAUGGAAAAAGGAGGCCAAGUCCAUUGCCCUUGUCGCCAUGAGGUGCACAUCGUCAUCAGAGCCACAUUUCAAGAUCGCCGCCGCCCUUGCCAUCUCUGACCCCAUCCGCCCCGAAUCCGUCGAUAUCGUUCAAUCUCUUCAGUCUAGGGGCACACGCGUGUGGAUGCUCUCUGGCGACAACGAGGUGACAGCUCGCGCCGUCGCAACCCUCAUCGGCAUCCCGUCGGACCAGGUCAUCUCGGGCGUCCUACCCACGCAGAAGGCAGACAAGAUCAAGUACCUGCAGUCGACGCUGAAGGCCCGCCGCGGCAGUGACAAGAAUAAGGAGGGAGAGGAGGCCUCGACACGUGCCACGGUCGCCAUGGUCGGCGACGGCAUCAACGACAGCCCAGCGCUCACACAGGCCGAUGUCGGCAUCGCCAUUGGCUCCGGCUCCGACGUAGCCAUCAGCUCCGCCGAGUUCGUGCUUGUCAAGUCGGACCUCUGGAGCGUCGUCACGCUGCUCGAUCUGUCCCAGGCCGUCUUCACUAGGGUUAAGGUCAACUUUGCCUGGGCCCUGGUAUACAACAUGGUCGCGGUCCCCAUCGCUGCCGGCGUGCUGAUGCCCAUCGUCUCGAAUGGGAGCCAUGUCCGCCUAGACCCGGUGUGGGCGUCUCUCGCCAUGGCGCUCAGCAGCAUCUCGGUCGUGACAAGCAGCCUCGCGCUGCGGAGCGGCAUCCCGGGCCUUGGCUUUCGGGAGAAGUCGCAUGGGAGGAAGGAUAAGAGGGAGAGGGGGAAUGGGAGCGAGGGUGUGCCGUCGGACAAGGCCAGGCUUUAGGCGCGCCUCUACCUGUGGCCUCGAUUUGGACUGUUGCAUAAUUUUGAUCUGAACAUGGGCUCGAGGGACUAUGCGGGGGGCACGAGAAGACGGCAGCGGUUCAGACCAUACGGAGGGUCAGGGCGUUUUGGGUAUUAAUGUGGGCAAGAGUCUUAUGGCCUCAUCUACGCUCAUUUUAUCUUUAUCUUUCAGAUUAUAUGGUGCUUUAGAUACCCAGCGGUGCGUUCCUGCUAUCAGGAAUAGGAAUACAUAACGUUAUUAAGCG